CUGUCCCAACACUACAAAUGGGGCCUGGAUAAAAUCUUCUUGGAGGAGGGACGCACUCAUGCCAUCAUCAUUGAGGAUGACAUGAUCUUCAGUCCUGAUUUCCUUGCCUUCUUCCAGGCAACAGCAGGACUAAUGCAGCAGGAUCCAUCCAUCUGGUGCGCAUCAUCAUGGAAUGACAACGGCCAGGCAUCCUUGGAGUGGAACAAAACAAGAUUGUAUCGCUCAUCGUACUUUCCGGGGCUUGGGUGGAUGAUGCGAAAAGAGCUCUGGCUGGAAAUUGGAACACAAUUUCCA